UUUUUGUCUAUGGUUUUCCUUGUUGUGAAAUUGGCGUUUUGUGACUGGCUGACUUACUAGAGAUUUCCAUUUUCUUGAGAUAAUCAUCGGAUUCAACGGAAAAUACCCUGUGAAUCCUUGCUGCAAAACAUAAUUGAAUUGUGAUAUAUUCUUGGAUUUCCUUGCAGAUUAAUUUUUAAUCAACAUGUCUUUAUUCGGAUCUUUGAUGGGCGACGUGGAGGAUGAUCCUUUUUUCGGAUCUCACAUGAGGCAUAUGCGUCAAAUGAACAACAUGAUGAAUUCGUUGUUUUCGGACCCGUUCGGCAUGCUCGGAGGCGGAGGCCCGCUGGCUCUGACCGGGCCUCGCCAUGGCAGUGCUUUGAUGCCUUUCAUGCCCCAAAUGCCUUCACUGAACAGACUUUUUUCAGGAGACAUGGAGGGCCAUAUGGGUAUGGGCAGUUCCUUUAGCAGCAGCACUGUGAUAAUGUCCAGCGGACCUAAUGGAAAGCCACAGGUUUACAGCUCAACUAGCAGCACCAAAAUAGGACCAAAUGGUGUGAAAGAGACAAAAAAGACUUUGCAAGAUUCCAGGACUGGUACAAAGAAGAUGUCAAUUGGUCAUCACAUCGGCGAGCGCGCACACGUGAUCGAACGCGAACAAAACGUAUACUCAGGCGACGCUGAAGAAAGACAAGAGUUCAUUAACCUCGACGAGGAGGAAGCUGAGGAAUUCGACCGGGAGUUCCAGGCCAAGGCCGGGAUGGCUCGGCCUUCCAGGCUGGCCAUAGCGGCUCCCCCGGCUGGAAGGGCCGAAGCUAGAUUGGCUUUGCCUGCACCGCCCGCUACCAAUCGUAGCGAGGAGAGCCCCAGGCGCUCGAACCCGAGGCCCUCGGCGCGGCGUCCGCUCCGCACCAGCGCCAGUCCGCUCACGGUGCCACCCAGCGUCAGCGUCCGCGAGGUGUACGGCGGUUCUCACCCGCAGCGCCACCGACACAAACACCACAAGUCGCACAGGCACAACGCCGAAUAGAGCCGCUAGUGUGACCCGACCCUAUGAUGACUGUCGCCGAGCUGGGAAUAUUGUGGAGGUUGCACUUUAAAAGUAAAAAAAUAAUAUCUAUAUUAUUGUCGAAUUGAUAUAUUGAUUGCGAAAAAUGCUGUUUUUACAUUGUAUCUCUUUGUAAAAAGCAAUAAAAGUCCAGCUUUGUAGUUUUUGUUUCGUUAAAUAUUGUUUCGGGUUAUAACAUUUUUACAUAGUUUUGAAGUGACAGAUUUUUUUGUUCCGUAACGGAUAAAUUGUGUGUGCAACGUCUAUGAAAUUUUUAGCUCCUUCAGAUAACAAAACGCAGAUGACUGAUGGUUUUAAAUUUGGAAUUGUAUUUUCUAUGUGUGAGUAAAGACAUUGUAGCUAAUGUUCUGAAAGAAUUGAAUGCUGCGUUUUGUUAUAAGUCUUAGGUAAUUAUUAAGGGUCUUGGGUUUGAUACGGGUUCUGCAUCACCGACUACGGGCGAUACCGACUUUUUAACCCACCAUUUAUAACCACUGGUAUUAUGUGUCGAUUACAAAUAGAAUUCGAGAUAUCUGCAUCUUUAGUAACUAUCUAUAAAAUAAAGUUGAUCUCUGUGACAGAUGUCAAACACAUACAACAUUUUGUAGUCUUAUCUUUUUCGCACCUUCGUCAAAGUUAGCUUUCCAUCCUGCUGUCAUAGAGAUAGCUAUAUUUUACAGACUAGAAGGAUGAUAUUAUCUAAAUGUAAAAGUGGACAGGUAGUUAAUUUCCUAAAGCUAUAUCUGGUAUUGCAACAAGUUCUUUGGCAUCGUACGAAUAAAUCUUCCCAUGUAACUGUUAUAUGUUAAAAUUAAAAAGAUGAAAAGACAGUUCAGUCAUUCUCAAGAACGCGACAGGCAAACAGACGGUUCACAGUUUUGGUUUAAUUGAUACCAAUUAUUCCUCUAUGUCUGUCUGCAUGUCAUAAUUUGUAGGAGAAAUUUUGAGAAAGGCCCGUUUUCCAGAGAGAAGAUGUGGAAAUAACGAAAUUUGAUUGGUUAUUCCACAUCGUCUCUUCUCCACUUUGAUGGAAACUCAGAGAAGAAGCUAAAAGACGGAAGUGGUUAACAAAAUGCGCGAAUAUUCUAUUUGACCAAUGAGCGGUAGUUGACAUAUUUUUUAGUGAGAUUAUGUAUGCAAUUAUUGUAAGGCUCGAUUGUUUGUUUGUAAAUUAGAAUUUACAAAGAGAGCUGUGUAUUUGUAAGAACGGCCGCUAUAGAACAGUUAAGAUUAAAAAAAAACACUAUAUUCUGUAUUGUGGUCUUACUCUUGGAUCUAUGGUCGAUUGUAUUUUUUGAAGUUAACAUAUUAUGUUAGAAAGGAUGAUUUAAUUAUUAUCCAAAAUUGGUUUUUCAUUAUCACUUGUAAUUAACUUCUCAUUUUGUAUGAUUAAGUUAAUUUUAAUUAAAUAUACCUACUUAAGCUAAAAUUUUCGGUUAUUUAUUUUAUCCGUCCACAAUUUAUCAGUAUGUUUAUUUGGAGUAUUUCUUUUUUUUAUUCCCUAUAAUUCACUAAGGUCAACUUUACAUUCAGUUUGCUAUCUUCAAAAAUGCAGUGAAAAUUUCAAAAUUAUUAUUUAAACCUAAAUUGAAGUAAUUGGUUUAUUACAAUUUAGAACCUGAUGCAUACUUUAAAAUAGGUUAACCAGUAAAAUUAAAAAGUUAAAUGUUAAGUAUAAUGCUACCAAGUUACAAUUAAGUCUUCUAUCGGACAUAGGCCUUGAAAGUAAAUUGAAUAGUUAUAAACAGAAGUAUAUUUAUUUAACCCCUUCAAUAAAUUACUGAUUGAAGGUUUAGAUAUAUGUGCUUAUUGCUCACAGUUUGCUGCAUUGAAAAGUAAAAAUCUUAUCGUAACGGCGUAUGCUGUACUGUAAAUUAUAAUCAUAAAGCCAAGUUUUAAAAAUAUGUACCUACCCCAUACGGUGAAGGGAUUUGAUUGUAUGUAUGUAUUUCACAAUGUCAUUUUGUAAAUGUUGACUAGUAGAGAAAUGUGCAGUUCAAUGAAAUUAAUUCUUAAUUUGAAUGCAACAAAUUUUUUACACCACUUCUCGGUAUACUUUUCUAUGUAGCCCACUGUACGUUAUUAAUUCAAUGUAUCAUAGAUUCAUGUAAUGUAUAGAGGCGUAAUAUAAAUAGUAAUAGUGUGUAGAGUUAUUAAAGCGGACCCAGGUAAUGUUAACUUUAAACAAUCUUUGUAUUUUGUCGCUAUCGCUCUACUGUAUUAAAUGAAGUAACCAGAAUAGGUACGUGAUAAGAAUGCCUUUGUAUGCAGAAAUAGUGUAGUAUAUAGCUUUCUGUAUGAUUCUAUCGGUGUAUUGUGGAAAUAAGUAGGAAAUUCACACAUUGUUCUAUUGUCUAAAAUAUUAAACAAUAUGUAUGUACGAUUGUAUAAGGGUUGCUAUGGUUUGUACCUACUACUCAUUAAAGGAAAACCAACGUGUAGACGGGAUGAUUGUUUAUUUGCAACUGAUUCACAUAAUGACAACUCCUAUCAAUUGGACAAUGCAGUUGAACAUCGAACACAAUAUGUCGAUAGAAUCUCCAGUGUAAAAGUGUUUGGGAAUUUGGUAGUCUAUACCAAAUAAUCUUUUGCAAAGACAAUUCAGUAUAAAAUAAGUAAAUGGUUUUAAGAAUUAUUUGUAUUGUACCUAUCUGAGUAGUAUAUAUCUUUAUAGAUUAAAAUUAUAUAUAAAUAACUAGUUUUAAAUUACUGUAAGUUAAAAGUACUGUUGAGAAGUCCAUUUUUAUUCGUUCAAUCUCUAUGUUUUUUUUUCAAUAAAUGUUUAAAUUCGUGGCAGAAAUAUUCAAACCAAAAACGGAGGAAGCGAAAGAAGUUUCUCACUCAUUUGAUCCGUUUAUAUUUAUUUUAUUAAUUUUUUUGAAGAACACCCGCUAGAUGGCGUUCCAUAAAGAAAUAAGUGUCAUUCUUAUGGGCAUGGUUUUCGAUGAUUAGUUGUAAAAUAUAUAAUUGAGUUAGUCCAUAGAAAUACUAUUAUAUCAGGCUAGUUUUAUCUUUUUAUUUGUCUUAUAUUUUAGUAAAUCAUGAAGUUUCCUUCUCUAGAAUGUCUAUGUACGUCCCUGUACAUAAUAAAAGAUGGAAUGGGAUAAUGUAAUCAUUAUUGACGAUGUGUCUCAUGUCUCAUCAUCACAGCAAGGAAGUCCGCGCUGACGUCGGCGUUGUUUUCUGCGGUCUCGUUUAAAUGAUGGAGCAUUAGGCAUGAAUUACAUGAUUAGUAGAAAAAGAAAAUUCUAUUUCUAUAACUGGUUAGAUGCACAAAAUUUGUAAGGUGCUGGACUCUUUUUUUUUUCAUAUUUCUGUUUCAUAUAGUUAAAAUUACUAGUAAUUGGUGUUAGAAGUUAAAGAACCAAUUCUUAUUAUCUGUGUGAUCGUAUAAAUAAAGUAGUUAAUUGUAA